GAUUCACGGCUGACGUUUUCCUCGCUCAGCGUCAGUGCCGGGAGGGUCCCGGCGGCCUAGAGGAGAGGAAGAAGAGGAGAAGGAGAAGAAGGCAGGGCCGGAGCCGUUCCUCCUGAGCCGGUGACUCGGUGGGCUCGCGGCGAUGCGGUUCCGUUUCGGGGUGGUGGUGCCUCCCGCCGUGGCCCAGGGCCGUCCGCAGGUGCUGGUGAUGGGCUCUCCGCCCGAGCUGGGGCGUUGGGCGCCUCAGAAGGCCGUGCCCAUGAAGCGGGCGGGCGUCGGGGUCGGGCCCGAGGCGAUACGCGGGCUGCAGGAGCCAGGCCUGUGGCUCGCGGAGGUGGAGCUGGUCGGGGAGCUCCCGGCGGAAGCCCAGGGGCAGCAGCAGCAGCCCAGCCGCAGGAGACCCAAGGUGGCAGCGCCCGAUGUCCUCGCUACGUUCUGUUACAAGUUCCUAAAGAAGGAGCCAGGAGGAGAGUUCUCCUUCGAAGGUAAUGGUCCUCAAUAUGAGCGCUACAGUAUUUACUCCGAAAGCAACAUGGUAGAUGGCGUGUACUGUCUCCCAAUUGCACACUGGAUUGAGGCCGCUGGGCAUAGGGAUGAUUUCAGUUGUAACAUUGCAGGCCAUCAAGCCAUGCAUUAUUCACAGAUCCUCCCAAACCUCUUUUUAGGAAGCUGCCCUCGCCAGUUGGAGCAUGUAACUAUCAAGAUAAAGCGUGAAUUAAGGGUGACAGCAGUAAUGAAUUUUCAGACCGAAGGGGAUAUUCUGCAGAAUUCAUCAGGCUGCAAUCCCUACCCAGAGCCCAUGAGCCCAGGCACCAUGAUCAGGCUCUAUAAAGAAGAAGGAAUUGAGUACAUAUGGUUGCCUCCACCAGACGGGAGUACUGAAGGGACAGUGAAGAUGUUGCCUCAGGCCGUCUCUUUCCUCCACUGCCUACUUCAGAAAGGUCACACCGUCUACAUACACUGCAAUGCUGGUAUUGGAAGAUCCUCGGCUGUCGUGUGUGGCUGGCUCAAAUAUGUCAUGGGCUGGAAGCUGAGGAAGGUGCAGUACUUCCUCAUGGUCAAAAGGCCUGCUGUGCAUAUCGAUGAAGAGGCUCUGUCACGUGCAGAAGGAGAUUUCAAUCAGAGAUUUGGGAAGCUUUGUCUCCCCUUAAGUAAUCUUAAUGUGUAAAACCACCAGCUUUUCCCUAAAAGCUCCUGUCAGAUAAUCAUAAGAUGAUUUGAAGACAGAAUCUUGUUAAACAGUAUUGUGGUGUGCUUUGAUACUACUAUUUAUUGUUGUUGUUAUUAUUAUUAUUAUUAUUAGUCUAGCAUGGUCAUUUAGUCUUAGUUUUGGUUUAAAAAUCUAUUUUCUCUGGAGCACCUUUUAAAGAAUCGAAUGAAUUGCACAAGAAAGAGCAGAAGUUCUCUGGACUCUGCCUUCUCAGUCUCAUGUGGUACGAUAAGGUAACAGACACCAUUGUCAAUACCUGCAGUCAGGCUCCUCCUUUUGGUUGACCUACCCACAGGUGGUUUUCUUAAAAAUUCAUGACCACAACCACCUUUUCUUGUUGUAUUGUGUGUAACUAUUUGCUGUCUGGAAAAGCUAUCAUUAUACAGAUUUCUUUUCUUUCGUCAAAAGUAGCAAAGAAGGACCUACUGCUUUGUAAAUGGAAGUCAUCUGACCUGCUACUAAGCAAGCACCAGGGCUGGAGGAUGGGGGUUCUGUAAAUCUCUGCUGAAUGGAAUAGAAUUGAAUUUCUUGUUCUGUAGAGGAAGGGUGUAUUGAUUUGCCACAAUUCUUAUGGCAGAGAUUAACUUUUUUUUUCCUCAUGAACCCCUUAGGAAGUCUAUUGGAAACUAUGGACCUCUUCUCUUAAAAAUGAUAUUUUAAAAUGCACAAUAUAUAAUACAAAAGAUUACAAAGGAAACCACUUAUAUGGAAAUAAACUCCUCAAAAUGUUUUUUUAAUAUUAUUUUAAAAGUUCACAGAACCCCAAGGUUAAAAAACCCCGCUAUGGGGAAAUUGGGUUUAGCACUCUGAUAAGUCUGUGAAAAGUCUAGGAAAAUUACGACUUUAUGUGAAACUGGCUCUUGACUGUGUGUGAAGAUAAGGGAACUUGGUAGACGUCCAGGGGUCGACUCCAUUGACUUAGUAGUGUUUGAAUUGGGUGUGAAUGGGGAACUACGAAGUGCCCACUUAAAGGUGAUUGGAUUUUAGCCACUAGCCAACACUGAGGUCAGUGUGUUUUCAGAGGCUAUGGACUGAGACAUCAAGUGUUCUUAGAGGCUAUUGACUGUGCCAUCAACAAGAGACUGCUCUCAACCAAGCAACUUGAAGACCCUCCCAUUUCUGGGAGGAGGACACGAAGUAGGAAUCAGACACUGCGGGACAGAAUCUGCCUCUUUUUGUUUGAGACAUGGGGGUGGUGGCAGAAUUUCACGUGGGCAGUUAGGAAGGCAAGGAUUUCCAUGCUAUAAGGAAUCUGUUCUCAAUCUUUCUCUCUCUUUACUAUCUUAUGUGUUUUAAUAAAUCCUUAAAAGCUUAAA